AUGUACUCUUUAGGUUAGAAGUGAUGUAAUUUAGGUUGUGUUCAUGAAUAGGUCCCCACCUCAGUUAUGGGUUCUGUUAGGCUAAAAUUGGAAAAUUAUCAACCACACAUAUACGACAAAUGGAUUGAUUUCCUGGGAAGUGAAAUGAUUUUAGUUUCACCAAAUAUUUCUAAAUGCGUAUUAACCUCAGUUGCAAGUAAACAAACAUAUACACAAUGUGGUUGACCAUGACUCUUCAAGUGUCUACAAACUACUCAGACCCCAUUACAUGAGACUUGGAUGGGAUCCCAAUAAGAACCUUUAUGGUGGGGUCUAAGCUAAUCUAACUCCAUGGCACUGAGCUUUUGUCAAUAACACACUACAGGGAAAAUUGUCACUAAAAAAUACCGUUUGACUUCAAAGCAGUGGCGGACACUUACGUAAAAAAACGGGGGGCUCAUGCCGAAGGCUAGGAAAAAUUUUUAAAUUUGGAUCCCGGGAAUGGCAUUUGCAGCAUUCUGAGAACACAUUUUGUAAAAAACUAGGUUUUCAAAACACUGUUUUAAUGGUGCAUUUAGUUAUAAAUCACAUGCUCAGAGCUGUAAUUCGACCUGAGCCGGAGAUGAAAAAGCGGAGUUUGCACAGCACUAUCCUGGCAUAGGGUUGGGCGACAUUUUAAUUUAUCAUGAUAUUUUCAAUCACGAUUAUCAUAUCGAAGGUAGAAACUUGAGCGACGAUAUAUCGAAAUUAAUGUCAUGCUUGAUGACUAUGGUGAUAUUGCUUUGCAUGUGUAUGUAGCUUUUAUAAAAUCCUAAAAGAAUUCUUUCAAUUCCUAGAAAAUAAAAGAAUUAAAACUCUUUCCUGAAUUAAAUACGAAUUUAAUACUGAUACAAAACUAAGAUUUAAUAUUUAUGUAUUAAUCCACUGAACAGUGAAAUUGCAGGCUUUGUUUCCACCGUGUGCCCAUGGUGUAGGCUCUGCAGUAGACACUGAUAGACAGUUCAGAUUUAUGACCCGUAAAUAUUAGACAAGAAGCGGCCUUCAUUUCAUGGCCACUGUUUUUAUUGCAUUUAUUGCGAUAUCCGAUAUUGUGAUAAUAUCCUUGACAAUAAUUGUGAGAUGAUUUUUUUAAUAUCGCCCAACCCUAUCCUGACAUUUGGCGUUGGACCAAAUGAAACAAAGUGGGCCUCAGUGUAGAUUCUAUAGUUACAUUUCAUUGCCUGUGUAACAAUUAAUUGGACAUAGGAAGAAUGUAUGCCAUUUCUAUACCUCAUUUCAAGACAUCACUCAUGAAUCACUUUUUAUCUGAAUCUUGCAUAGACCUUUUGGAAAUAGCACUAUAAAAACAUUAUUAUUAUGUUAGGGCAGAACCUCAGAUAAGAUUUGGACCAGAAAAAUGAAUUAAUUUCUGUGUUUAUAGGUUACAGUAUGCAGGCCAACAGGAUUGGUUAUAAAAGAAGGUGGAUUGCUGCACGUCGUACAUUGUCCAAAGGUGCAUGCAGUAGUACACCUAUUCCAAACCUAGAUAUAAUAGUUCCAAAUAGAACCAAGUGACACUGACCAGAGUAUUGCGGGUCUUGACAUAGAACAGUCUGACACUGAACAUUUUGAAUUGCUAGAACCAUCACCAAAGCGAUUAAACGUUUCAGAAAGUUGUGCUAAUGAUCAGUUACAUUCAUCACCGGAAAAUUAUUGCUCUUCAUCAUCGGACUCUGAUGAUUUAGACGAAAAGUUAAGAGCUGACCUGGCAGAGUGGGUGAACGCCUAUCAAAUUAAACAUAAUGCUGCUGAUAGACUUCUUAAAAUACUUAAGGAAUCUGGUCAUCCAAGUUUACCUGGGUCUACUAGAACUUUAACUAAGACUGCUCGAUAUGUGCCCUCAACCCAAAAAUCUGGAAUGGAUUAUGUAUAUUUUCCUGUUAAAGAGGAACUGAUGCAACAAUUCUUGAGGUAUCCAAAAGCAGUAACUGAAAAAGCAACCACUCUUGAGCUUUCACUUAAUAUUGAUGGUCUGCCACUGUUCAAGAGCUCUAGCAACACUCUUUGGCCUAUUUUGUGUGGGAUCAUGAAUGUUGAGCCUGUUACUGUUUUCCCUGUGGCCAUGACAUAUGGUAGAUCUAAACCAACUAAUUUAGAAUUCUUACAAGACACAAUAGACGAUUUAAAUGUUCUUUUAAAUGAUGGUCUAGAUAUUGGUGAAAGGGUCAUACCUAUCUCUAUCAGAUGCAUUGUAUGUGAUGCUCCUGCUAAGGCACUAGUAAAAGGAACUAAACUGUAUUCUGGGUAUUUUGGAUGCGAUAAAUGCUGCCAGAGAGGUGAAUGGUUUGGUAGGAUUAUUUAUCCAGAUACCAGAAACCUUGAACUGAGAACAGAUACUUCUUUUCGCGACCAGUCAAAUGAUGAUCACCAUCGUACUGAUUCACCUUUUUGCCAGAUGCCCAUAGAUAUGGUUGAUAAAUUCCCAGUUGACUAUAUGCAUCAGCUGUGUCUUGGAGUUAUGAAGAAAUUACUACUGAUAUGGAUGAGGGGGAAUAGAGAUGUGAAAAUUUCUGCACGUCAAGUGGAAGAAAUAAGUCAAAAGUUAAUUGGCCUUAAGUCUGCUAUGCCCAGUAGUUUUGCCCGAAAGCCACGUAGUUUAAGUGAUAUAGAUCGUUGGAAGGCCACUGAAUUUAGGCAAUUCCUUCUGUACACUGGUAAAAUAGUGUUAGAUGGUAUCCUCAAGACAGAUCUAUAUGCCCACUUCAUGAGCCUUAGCAUUGCAAGCAGGAUUCUAGUUAGUCCCACACUUGUCCAAACCCACUGGAAGUAUGCCAGUGACUUGUUGGUUUAUUUUGUUGAAAAGGGAAGAGAUUUGUAUGGCAGGGAAUUUUUAGUGUACAAUGUUCAUUCCAUGCUUCACCUUGCAAGUCAGGCAAAAGAGUUUGGUGGUUUAGAUAGCUGCAGCAGUUUUCCAUUCGAGAAUUACAUGCAAAAAUUGAAAAGGGUGGUUCGUUCGGGAAAGAAUCCUAUUGCCCAAUUGACAAAACGUCUAAGUGAGUUGCGCACAAUUAAAAUUCCCGAGAAAGUGUUCGAACAGCAUUGUGCAAGAAGCCAGAUAAUGCCUUCAUACUCGAAAACGGUUUCUCCUGCGAAGUUUUACAGAAAGCAAGCCAUUGUGAUGAGAAUGGAAACACCCUCUAUCAGUGUAGAGUUUACGAACAUUUAUGUCCCUUGUUCAACACACCUUGUGAUUCCCGAAUCGUUGGAAUUUAUCGAGCAAACAGUCGCAGUUCACGAGUCAAAUUGCUACCAUCAGUCUCUUUUGCACAAAAAGCAAUAA